AUGUCCGCAACAACGCUCGGACACAAGGGCGUCGCAGCUGUCCAGAAUAGAGACUAUGCGGCUGCGAUACCACUCCUCGACAAAGCUCUCGCCUCGUCGACUUCUCCAGCCUGGUUGCUUGCCCGCGCUCAAGCACAUCAGCAGCUGAAAAACUACGACGCCGCUCUCCAUGACGCUGAACUGGCCUAUCACACCGCGGCGGAGCGCGGUUCGGGGAACUCUCGCAGGCAAAUGAUCGAAUCACAAUACCGUCGUUCGGUUCUCUAUUACAAGCUUGGACACCAUGCAGACGCCGAUUGCUGCGCUAAAUGGUGCAUGCUAUUGGCCGAGGGGCGCCCGGCGCGCGAGGACGACGGCGUUGAGAAAGCGGUCGACGGUAAUGGCAACUAUACUGUAACCUACGAGGUCGGUGUUGCUGAUAAGGCCGGCCAACCAGGCCAGAGCGGCGAUUUUAAGGCAAACGUCCUCACUGGUAUUAUGGGAGGCAACGGGGGCGCAGGAUCCUCGCCAAAGACAGGUUUCGAGGACGAUUGGAAGCGCGCAUAUACUUGGAGAAGCCAGGUGCUCGGUGCUUUGGACAAAUUACCAGAGGAUCAUCCGGGCCGGAAGAUCACCGUCACCAAGAUUCCGGUUAAACCCUCGGCGAAAUCCACCAAGCCGGAGCCCAAACCCGAGCCGAAGCCGGAGGCAAUCAAGGCCGCGCCCACUCCGGGCAGUGUCCCCGACGAACAGCUCAAGCUCAAGGUCGACUUCUACCAGAGCAACGACAAAGUUUCUGUGACGCUGUACGUGAAGGAUGUUAAGAAAGAGGAACUCCAGGUGGAGUUCUCAGAGACUCAGGUUAGUUCGGAGGCUUCCUUCACAGCUUGUUGUCGAAUCGGGUCUAACCAGCUACAGGUACGGCUUUCACCACUUCCCCGCGCGGCGGCUCCGUAUGUCAAGGCAGGUGACCGUGAAGCGACAUCUACCCUUACUUUGGACGGGAAGAUCGAUCCUUCGACAUCUCGAUAUACCGUCUUCUCGCGGAAAGUCGAACUUACCCUUGCCAAGGCCGCCCCAGGCAUCAAAUGGGGUUCAUGGGGCAAAGAGACCAUUGGCCCAGACACAUGGAACAACGAUACCAAUGCUGCUUCGGGUGUGACCGGCAGUUCAGCCUCUGUACCCGUCGCCGAGGCCCAACAGAAAGACCAGUCCGCAGCCAUCCCGGAGCCGGCUCCGAAGACCACUACCUCUGCUGCCCCCGCCUACCCGACGAGCAGCCGCUCCGGCCCGAAGAACUGGGACAAGCUGGCCAAUUCCGAGGCAGAAGGAGAGGAUGAUGACGCCAGUAAGGGGGAUCCCAACUACUUCUUCAAGCAGCUUUACAAGGGCGCCACUCCUGAGCAGCAGCGGGCCAUGCAGAAGAGCUUCAUCGAGAGCAACGGCACCGCCCUCAGCACUGAUUGGAAUGACGUCAAGGCCCGCACCGUGGAGACGUUGCCGCCUGACGGCGUUGAAGCGAAGAAGUGGGAGUGA